AUGGCUUUCUCCAAGAGCUUCGCUUUAGUGCUUUCCAUCGCCGUCCUCUUUGCCAGCAUCAACGUGAGCUGGGGAGCUCGUCAUCUGCUCCAGGGCGGUCUCCCAACGAUACCAACCUUUCCCAACAUACCCACUUUGCCGAACCCGGCACCGCUGCCCCCGUUGCCGACGAUCCCAACAUUGCCAAAGGUAGCGGUGCCGCCCUUGCCUGCCAUCCCAACUCUGCCUCAACCCACACUGCCGACUCAGCCUUCUCUUCCCAAGGUCACUCUGCCGCCGCUCCCGGCCGGCAUCCCUAAGAUUCCUACCCUUCCCUUCUUCUCCCCACCACCAUCAAACUAG